GAUACUUGUUUGCCUGAUAGUGCAAGCAAAGCAAAGUCCCAGCACUUAUAUUUAUCAUAUCCCUUCACCUUAAAAUUCUCCGUUUUCUGAGCCGUGUGUAAGAAAAAAUUAAAAAAGAAAUCUUUUUCUCUCGAUUUCCUCCAUUGUUUAACCUUGUGCUUCCUCACUAGUCCUACAAGCCUCAGGAUUAGAAUCUCACACCACCAAGACUCUUUUUUUUCUCCUAUUUCUCUCAUUCUCUCAGAUAAGCUAGCUUUGUUUAUUUUCUAACUUUAGCUUCUCUCAACCAUCUACUUAGAGCUUUCUUCACUCCAAACAGUGGCAUAUUGUUGAAUAUGGUGCAGCUUUUCUUAGAGAAGCUGAAGUGGGUCAUCACUUGUAAGUCAUAGAGGAAACACCAUUUGAUUGUUUGUUUCUCUUAUCUUCUUUUGACAUUCUUCAUCACAUCUCUACUUUUAAGAAGUAACAGCUUGUCUUAGAUGUCCCCCCUCCUUUGUUCACUAAUGCUUGUCUGCGAGUAGAGGGGAGGAGGAGAGAGAUUUGAUGAGGUUUUAAAUGUUGUUUCCCUCUCUUGUAACAGUAGGAACUGUAACAGGCACUUUAAUUAAGUAUCAAUGCCUUCUUAGGCUCCGUUCCUGCUGUUGUUGAUGCUGGUUUCGUGCUUCAUUGGUGAAAAAGUUCAUUUCUUGUGAGUUGAAACACCAAUAGAAGAAACAGUUUGAAGUAUCUCUGGUUCAAGGUUCAGGAACUUAGUUUUCUGAAAGCAAAGGCCAAAAGGAAUUGGAGAAGGAAGAGGAGAUCCCAAAACCCAAAGUACCAUAUCUCUCUACUUGCUCUCUAUUGCUUUUGCAAGUGUCCAGAUAAGGUUGCCUAGAAUAUGGUGAGGAGGUUCUAAAAUUAUUAGUUGUCUUUCUGUCAAAAACAAAGGGGGGUUUAUUGAGCAAGUGGGUUGAUAAUAUCUUAUUUAGUAUCCCAAGAUUUCUCUUUGUUUUCAUUUGAGUGGUCUUUAAUUCUCAGCUGUCUCACCCCUUCCAUUCGCUUUUGGUCUCUCUCUAGACCAUAAAGAAAAUAGUUCUUGAGAUUAAUAAAAAAGGACGAAAGAAAGUAAGAGCACAAAGAUAGAGAGGGAGAGGAUGAAUAUUUCUGGUCAUGAAGUUGGGAUGCCGAUCCCAAUAACCAGCACUUAUGUUGGUGGAGGAGGUGGCCAUGGCCAAAGUCAGAGCCACUCCUCUCACUUCAUCCAACAUGAAUCCCCUUCUCUUCAUCACUUAAAGCUUCAUCCAUCCAAUGGUCCUUCUCCCCUAACUCCUCCUCCUCCUCCUCCUCCUCAAGCUGCUACUCCCCUCUCUGUAGCCACUCCACUAAACAGCAAGAAAGGAGUUUUGGUGAAGUACAGAGAAUGCCUCAAGAACCAUGCAGCCUCCAUUGGUGGAAGUGCGACUGAUGGCUGUGGAGAGUUCAUGCCUUGUGGAGAAGAGGGAACGCUUGAGGCCCUCAAGUGCUCAGCUUGCAAUUGCCACAGGAACUUCCACAGGAAAGAGAUUGAUGGAGAGUUAUCUUCUUGUGAUCUCUUCCACUUCAAAGGUGGGAGCAAGUUGAUUGGCCAAAAGGGACUUCUUAUCUCUGGGACAGACCCAUUUGGGUACAAUCCAGCAGGGAACAGUCUCAUCCCAAGGCCUUCUCCUCACCAAAUGAUUAUGCCAUUUGGUGCUAUACAGACAUCAGAGUCUGAUGAGAUGGAGGGAUAUGGAGGAGCCAUGACAAGGCCUCCAAUGAUGAAGAAGAGAUUUAGAACCAAGUUUACCUCAGAACAGAAGGAGAAGAUGUUCAGCUUUGCUGAAAAAGUUGGUUGGAGGCUGCAGAAACAAGAGGAGAAUGUGGUUCAGCAAUUCUGCCAGGAGAUUGGGGUCAAGAGAAGAGUUCUCAAGGUAUGGAUGCACAAUAACAAGCACAACUUGUCAAAGAAGAACAGCAACCUGCAGCUGGAUUGAAGUACUAGCAUUACUAUUGCUACUGAUAUUUGAUUUUUUUUUCUCACUGGCGUUUGUCAUUAAUGGUUGAUGAUGAGUUGGGUUAGAUGGUUGGAUACAGUGUUUAUUUUCUGUUCAAGUUCCUAGAUGUUUGCCUUGGGAUUUUUUUUGCCACACCUAUUGUUCCCUUUGGCAUGCUGAUCUAAGUUUUUAGGGAGUUUAUUAGGAGCUGAACCUCUCUCUUUCUCUCUUAGUAUCUUUCUCUCUCUAGAUCUCUAUCUCCCAGUGCUAUUUGCCUAUUUUGGUAGGGAAAUGGAGAUUUGGUUCUCAUGGCUUCCAUGCCUGUGGGUAGGCAGACAGUCCUUGAACUGAUUCCAUCUAGUAAUUAAUUCUUCUGUUAUUUUGCUAAGUAAUGGUGUUCUUUAACAUACCAUUAAACUUUCUCCAUGAUACAGUAUUGAGUUCUACUA